CUUGGCCACGCAGCUCGGUAUUAUCUUGGGUUUUCUAUUUCUGUGUGCUUCAGAAAUGUUCCAAUACCACACCCACCUUUUUCUCCCACCCUUUUUCUAAGCUUUUGUUCACAACUUCUCCUCUAUAAUAUUGGUUGGGCUUGCUCGUGUCCACAUCACACAACCCACCUCACCUACUUCAUCACCUUGCCUCAAUCGCCAUUCAGAAUCGCCACCCACCAUCUCCAUUAAUCUAUUCUCAACCUUUUCUUCUAUCUUUUUGUAAGGGUGUGAGGGAGGCAGCCAAAGUGAAAAAUGAGAACGAAAGCGCACAACCAAAACAGAUUCAUGCGGAUCAUUACAUUACCCAUUAGGGUUCUGGGCAAAGCAAAGGAUUUAUACGUGCGGGGCAUGACAAACUGUGCCACCCGCGGCUACGGCAACAACAUGGGCGGUCCGGCCGGUAUGCCUAGAAGCUACAGCUAUGCCUCUUCCAGGUCUAACGAUAACGAGGAUUUCAGAGAGCUGGUGAGAGCUGCCUCUGUUAACACUUUGGGCCAUGGCGUUGACUUGAAUGCGCUUCUUCAACAGUCGGCCGCGGAGAAAUCCAAGGUGGUUCCCAGGAGUUGCAGUGUUGGGAUGGCCAGAAUCGAUGAGGAUGGGCCUUGUAAUGAUUUUGGAGAAGUUAACUUCAAGGCCAAGGCUGAUUUGAUGUACCCAAGGAGCCGGAGCUAUGCUGUCACAAAGAGAAGCGUUGGAUUCUGAUCCGCAGAUUAUGGGAACUUUUCAUUGGAUUACCCUGAACGGUAUGGAUUAAUUUAUUUCAAUUUUGUCUCCAGUUGAUUCAAAGGAGAUUUAUUUUGCUUGUAAAUACGCGUCUGAACUAUGAAACGUUAAUUUCAUGACGAGGAAAUCUAGUGUUUUGCAGUACCUUUAAUUUAUUUUCCCAAUUGUUUAUUCCUCUUGUUUGGAAACGAUCUGAGGAUAAAUGGAAUUCAUGGACUGAUGGACAAGUGUUUUGCAGUACCUUCAAUUUAUUUUCUCAAUUGCUUA